GUCAAAAUGAUGUUCAAUAAGGGACAAAAAGAAAGUGCUUAGUGUCAACCGUGACCUUGGUUUGGAUGAUACACCUGAAGCGUUGACGUUUGAAUAUCAUGAGCUUAUUCAAGCUCCAUAAGCCUUCUCUCCUCGAGGUGUCAUCUGCGCUUGAAAGUCAUUUAAAGAAUUGUUUCGAAACUGUCAAGUGCUCGAUUACUGAUUGUCCUGAUUUGACAAGUUCACCAUAUGGCCUUACCUUAAGAGGAUUGAGUGGUGAAGGAGUAAUUUGUGAUGUUGGGAGCUUUGACUACCUUUUGCCUGUCCCAAAAAAGGAUAGACAUUAUGACCUUUUAGAUGUAUUUCGAAGCGCUGGGGUAGCUGCUGGUGCUGUAAUUGGGGCUGGUGCUGGACCAUUUUUUCUUACUGGAUCGAACUCUGAGAUGGUCGUAAAUAUUUCGUCUGAAAAUGGUGUUGUAAAAAAUGGUUCUUUAUUUGGAUCAUACGAUAAAGAAAAUAAUAAACCUUUACUAACAAAAGCUGAUAAUACCAAAUUUGCUUUGUUAGGUCAAAUGUUCAUGUGUGAAGGUAAACCUGGACCGGUUAUUGAAUUAAAUGUAUCUGGUCGUAUUCGUGAUGGAAAAUUCGAUGCUAUGAUUCGUGAAGCAUUACAUGUAAAAUAUGGUCAUUUAAAUAAUGCUGUUGGUUUGGGUGGAGUUAUAGUUCAAGAACAAGGCAAAUCAUUAUAUCAUGUACUUCCUGAAUUCUCACAAGAACCUCUUGAUUCAGGUGAGAAACUUCGUAAUUGGAUUAAAAUGUUUGAAAUGGAAUCUCCUGUGAUUUCGGUUGGAAUCGCUGUUUCACACGAUCCUCAUCAUCUUGGUUUACGUUUAGAACAUUUUCAUUGUUUUAAUCAAGAUCAAACAAAUUGUGGGCAUUGUCAUUUUGAUACUCAUGGUCCAACUGUCUCUUAUCGUGGUUAUUUUGCAAUAGCUGAACAUUUAUUACGUAUUGAUCAACCAAGAUGGUCCACAGGUGAAGUCGAGAAGGCUCUAAGAAGCCCAGAAGGAGCCCGACAUAUUCCAUCCAAUCAACUUUGGAAGGAAUAUUCUCGAAUUACUACGUGUAGCUUCCUUAUUGGAUAGUGCUGAUAACUCCCUGUGUGCGGAUUGGAUAACUAUAACGAUGAUUUUGUUUCUACUGCAAACUACAAAUAUCUGACAAUUUUGUACCAUAAUCGACACUGUUUGGAAUAAGAUUCCCAUCUAAUUGUCUUCUGUCUUCUGAUUUGUGACUUGAGAGGGUUUUAGCGUUCGAGUGCUCAAGUAUUGUGAGAUAGACUAAGAAAUCUAAGUACGAGAUAUAUCGAAUUCAUCUCAGUUUUUUUCUUUGCU